UUUUAUAACCUAAGUUAGUCCGCCAAUGCUUGCGUUACGGUACAGUCUGUGAUGAACAGAGUUCAUUAAAUUAACGCGGUUCUACUCUUUGAGUUAUACAAUGACCCGGUGAACAUUUGUGCAUUAAUUACGAAUAAAAGUCGGCAAAAGUAAGGAACAAGUGUACUUCUUGAAGACAUAGUAAAAACAUUUUUAAAGACAAAAAUGGAGCAAUCAGUAUUCGGUCUUUGGGACUACAUAAUAAUGGCGGCGACUAUGAUAGCGUCGGUCGCAAUUGGCCUUUACUUCAGAUUCAGUGGCGGAAAACAGAAAACCAAUGAGGAAUACCUGUUGGCCGACCGAAAUAUGUCCAUACUCCCCGUGGCGGUAUCACUUAUGGCAUCUUUUAUGUCAGCCAUAACACUUUUAGGAGUCUCCGCGGAGAAUUAUUACUACGGCAUGCAGUUCGUGGUCAUUAAUAUUUCAUACGGCAUCGCUACACCCAUCGCCAGCCGUCUCUACUUGCCGGUGUUCUUCGGAUUGCAAAAAACGAGCACUUACGAAUACUUGGAACUACGUUUUGGACCUCGGAUACGAAUGCUGGCGUCAUUAACGUAUACAUUACAAAUGAUUCUAUACAACGGUAUCGUACUAUACGCUCCAGCGAUAGUACUAGAAGCAGUGACUGGAUUGGAUAGACUUAUAUCUAUUCUAUUAGUGGGUUUAGCUUGUACUUUUUACUCUACAUUGGGCGGUAUGAAAGCAGUUCUGUUUACAGAUCUGCUACAAUCGUUACUGAUGUUUGGAGCAGUUUUCAGUGUUGUUGUUUUCGCUUCCGUGCAAGUCGGUGGUUUUGAUCAAAUAUUUGUGAUUGCUAAAGAACGUGGACGAUUAGAUUUUUCCAACUUCAGUGUUGAUCCAACAGAAAGGCAUACUUGGUGGUCUUUGAUCUUCGGAGGGCUUAUAACAUAUCUGUCAUUAUACGCUGUUAACCAUACACAGGUGCAGAGACUGCUGACGGUGAGCACAUUGGGCCGCUCCCAGCAGUGCUUGUGGUGGAGCUGGCCGGUGCUGUCAGUGCUUAGCGUGGUAACCUGCAUCAGCGGUCUGGCGAUAUUCGCUGUAUACAAGGACUGUGACCCGCUAGCCAGUCGCAAUACCCCAAUGGACCAUUUAAUGCCGUACUACGUAGUGGACGCGAUGCGCAACGUGCCCGGGCUGGCGGGAUUGUUCGUGGCGGGGAUAUUCAGCGCUUCACUCUCCACUAUCUCUGCAGCCUGCAACGCCCUCGCUGCAGUCACACUCACCGACUAUGUGGGAAGAUGGUUCCAAGUGAAUCAAUCAUACGUGCCGUGGCUGACUAAGAUAGCGGCGUGUGUGUACGGUCUCAUCUUCCUGGCGCUGGCGUUCUUCGCGCAGUACUUGGGCGGCGUGCUGCAAGCCGCGCUCACCAUCUUCGGGGCGGUCGGCGGACCGUUGCUUGGAGUAUUCACCUUAGGCAUGUUUACAACAUUCGCUAAUGAAUUGGGUGCAUCUUUCGCGUUGGUAAGUGGUAUGGCAUUGACUCUAUGGAUGAGUUUCGGCGGGCCGCGGCCGACGCCCCUCAAACUGCCAGUGUCGGUGGCUAGCUGCGUCCACAACGUUACUCUGUCCACCCCAGCACCGGCGGACCCCACUGGAUACUUUUAUUUAUACAGAAUCUCUUAUAUGUGGACUAGCCCGGUGAGUAUUACUUUGCGUGGGGUAACACUGUCACAUAUUGACAUGUCAAUAAGGAUUUAAAUUACAGUUUCCUUGUUUAGAUAUAUGUUACAAGGAAUAUUUGUUCUUAUGACGUCAUA